GCCCCGGGACGGGUGUAAAUACACCCAUCAACUCCCUAGACCCACUUAGUUCCAUGACCCACUUGGCGGCUCGGGGGCGCCCCGCGGGUCUCCGGCUCCCCGGUGUCUGAGGCGGUGGAGGGAGGGGACACCGGAGACGCGGACACGCAGCUGUCGGGCUGACCCGCCGAGGCCGCGCGGUCGGACCGGGCGCACCCCGAGCCGUGCGGAGCGCCGGGGUUCCCCGAGGCAGGACCCGCCCGAGUUCCGCGUCGUCUCCGGCUGCGAGUGCGCCCGAGGGUCGCCGCCAGCAUGGCCCCGACGCUGCAGCAGGCGUACCAGCGGCGCUGGUGGAUGGCAUGCACCGCCGUGCUGGAGAACCUCUUCUUCUCCGCCGUGCUCCUGGGCUGGGGCUCCCUGCUGAUCAUCCUGAAGACUGAGGGCUUCUAUUCCAGCAUCUGCCCAGCCGACAACACCACCAACACUACCCAGGAGACGCCGCCCCGGAUGGCCAGCUGCGAUGCCCAGGACGAGAUGCUCAACCUGGGCUUCACCAUUGGCUCCUUCGUGCUGAGCGCCACUACCCUGCCGCUGGGGAUCCUCAUGGACCGCUUUGGCCCCCGGCCCGUGCGGCUGGUUGGCAGUGCCUGCUUUGCCGCGUCCUGCACCCUGAUGGCCCUGGCCUCUCGGGACACCAGAGUUCUGUCCCCGUUGAUUUUCCUGGCACUGUCCCUGAACGGCUUUGGUGGCAUCUGCCUAACAUUCUCUUCACUCACGCUGCCCAACAUGUUCGGGAACCUUCGCUCCACGUUCAUGGCGCUCAUGAUCGGCUCCUACGCGUCCUCCGCCAUCACGUUCCCAGGAGUCAAGCUCAUCUACGAUGCAGGCGUGUCCUUCAUGGUCAUCAUGUUCACCUGGUCUGGCCUGGCCUGCCUCAUCUUCCUGAACUGUGCUGUCAACUGGCCCAGUGAAGCCUUUCCAGAUCCCGAGGACGCCGACUACACGAAGAAGAUCAAGCUCAGCGGGCUGGCCUUGGAUCACAAGGUGACGGGCGACCGCUUCUACACCCACGUGACCAUCGUGGGCCAGCGGCUCAGCCAGAAGGCCCCCAGCCUGGAGGAGGGCGCCGACGUCUUCCUCUCGUCCGAGGAUGUGCGCGGCACCUCGGAAAAGCCUUCGGAGAAGUCUGUGCCCUUACGCAGAAGCCUCAGCUCCCCCAUCUUCCUGUGGAGCCUGGUCACCAUGGGCAUGACCCAGCUGCGGGUCAUCUUCUACAUGGCCUCCAUGAACAAGAUGCUGGAGUACCUGGUGAUCAGGGGCCAGGAGCAUGUGACCGAGGAGCUUCGCCAGCGGGCUGCAGAGACAGUGGGGUUCUACUCGUCCGUCUUUGGGGCCAUGCAGCUCUUGUGCCUUAUCACCUGCCCCCUCAUUGGCUACAUCAUGGACUGGAGGAUCAAGGACUGUGUGGACACCCCCGCAGAGGGCGCUGCCUCCGGAGAAGCCAGGUCGGCCAGUAAGUCGGCCCGACCGCGGUACCGCAAGAUCCAGAAGCUCACCAAUGCCAUCAACGCCUUCGUCCUGACCAACAUUCUGCUGGUGGGGUUUGGCGUCACCUGCCUCAUCCACAACCUGCACCUCCAGCUCGUGACCUUUGUCCUGCACACCAUGGUUCGUGGUUUCUACCAUUCGGCUUGUGGGGGCCUCUACGCUGCCGUGUUCCCGUCCAACCACUUCGGGACGCUGACGGGCCUGCAGUCCCUCAUCAGCGCCAUGUUUGCUCUCCUCCAGCAGCCGCUCUUCAUGGCCAUGGUGGGCCCCCUGAAGGGCGAGCCCUUCCACAUGAACUUGGGCCUCCUGCUCUUCUCUUUCGUGGGAUUCCUGCUCCCUGCCUACCUCUUCUAUUACCGUGCCAAGCUGCGGCGGGAGUACGCGAACACCGACUGGGAGGGCCCGAUGAAGGCCUAGUGCUCGGAGCACCCCCCUCCCGGGGACGCGGGGGACAAGCAGCCGAGCAACCACUGGGCGUUUCUACCUGAACCAGACACACAGCCAGCGCCCGCGGAUUUAUAAAUACCAAGAGAAGUUCUAUUUUUGUAGGGACUUGCUAAAAGGGAAAAAACAACGGGAAAAAAAAAAACCUAAAAAAAAAAAAGUCCCCCCAACACAACGCUCCAUUGACUGAAGACAGCCCUGGGCUUGGGGGUGGGCCCUUGGGGGGGUCUUCUUCCUGGGGCUUCCCCGCCCCCCUUUUUUUUCCCCCUGGGGGUACUGGGAUCCACCAAGAAUGGUCCCAGCAGGGGGGCACAGGCAUGUGUGUGGGUGUGAGUGUCUUUGUGGGCAUGUGUGUGUGUCUGCGACAACCUUCCCCCCCUCGAGGAAAGGGGCCUGGGUGCUGGCUGUGUCCUGGCUGGAAUGUGCGGGGCGGGUGGGUAACCCCCUGCCGGGGGGCUGGAGGGCGGGUUCCCUCCCUGGUGCUGCUGUGGGCCCUUGCAGAUCUUAGAGGCAAUAAAA